AUCAAGUAGGAAGAUGAUUCAGUUUGUUACCUGCCGUUGACAGAAUCAGUCCAACGACUUUUACUUAUCUCCGUUGACAUUAUCAUGGAUAAAGUUAAUUUCUAAGAUAAUUAAUCUCUCAUCUUGAUAAUACUCAACACUUUUAUUUUGGUGACAAAACUCAUACACUUUUCUCAUCAUCUUCAUCCUCAUCAUUUGUGUAUCUUCAUCCUCAUCGCCAACAACAUCAAAACUUUUCACAAUCAACAGUUAACUAAAUAACCAACGAUGGAAAAACCAAUCAAAUUAUUUAUUCUCUUUUGUUUAACAUCAUCAGUAAUUAGAAUUGAUUGUUACUCCCAAUCUUGUCGCAAUGGUGUCCCAGGCUUUGAAUUGGUCACUGGUUAUGCUUAUACAACUUCAUCUGAUUUGAUGAGAUUGAUUCCUGGUUCAUUGGAGUUGACACAAUGUUUAACUUAUUGCCAAUUAAAUAAUUCCUGUAAAGCAAUUAACUAUGAAACUGGAUUAUGUGUAUUACUAUCAACUGGGGCCACCCAACGGCCUGAAGCCCUGAAACCCGCUCAGUUCCCAGUGUUCACAAUUUACGCUGAAAAAGUUUGUCUACAAAGGUAUGCGAUACAUAAGUGCAAUAAGGCCUGGGUCUAUGAAAGGGUAAUCGGCUAUAAAUUGAAGAGCGAGGCCCGAAGGGUUGGAAGUGCAUCGACACGGGAAAAAUGUUUCGAGUCUUGUCUUCGAGAAAGUGACUUUGAAUGUAAGGCCGUUAAUUAUAACACAGCCUCGGGCGAUUGUUUUCUUUUGGAUCAUGAUCGUCAUUCAUUUUCAACCCUUUUACUUGAUGAUGUUGAAAGUGGCCUACAAACUGAUCCAAGUUUCGAUUACCUUGAAAACAAUUGUAUUCCAGGUCAAGGUAAAGUUUGUGAGUUUAAAAAGAUCAAUGGACUUAUAUUGAAAACCGUUGAUUCGAUGUAUCCUGAUGUCGUUUCGGUUGAUGAGUGUAAACGAAAAUGCCUCGAGGCACCUUAUCGAUGCCAUUCCUUUGAUUUUGGCGAUGGUUCUAAUAAAGUCUGUCGAACGAGUCAUCUUAAUCGAGCUUCAUCUGUACAUAUUCAAGAUCCAUAUUUAGAAGUGGCCAAUGGGGCAACUUACGAACUUGAUAAUUGUUACAAUGUGAGUUUACAUUGUGGUUCACGGGAAAUGAAGGUCAAAAUUAAAAUGAAUCGGCCCUUUACCGGUAAAAUCUAUGCAACAUCCAAACCAAAUUCAUGUUACAAUUUAGUUAAACGUCAAUACGAUUUUGAUAUUUCAAUGCCAUAUAAUGAUAUCAAUUGCGGCAUAAUGGCCUCAGCUAAUGGCCGUUACACUAAUAAUAUUGUUAUUCAACAUCAUGAACUUAUUGUGACAAGUAAUGAUAUCGGUUUAACAAUUAACUGCCAAUACGAUUUAUCAAAUAAAAAAGUUGUUCAUAAUAUUCAACUUCAAGACAUGGGAGACAAUUUGAAUGAAUAUAUUGCUGAGAAAGAUAGUCUUAGGCCUCCGAUUCAAGAAGCUACGGUCACUUCACCGACGGUCACUAUGAGGAUAACAGAUCGAGAUGGAAACGAUAUUAAAUCAGCUGAAGUUGGAGAUCAGUUAUCGUUAAGAUUUGAGAUUCCCGAUUAUUCAAGUCCUUACGAGAUCUUCGUUCGUGAAGUGAUUGCCGACGAUGGUGUUGACGCUUCAGAGUUUACACUUAUCGAUGAGAAAGGUUGUCCAACAGAUAUUUCGAUAAUGUCGGGAGUUCGUAGAGUCAAGGAAUCGUCGAAGUCGGUUGAGGCUCCAUUCGAAGCGUUCAAAUUUCCAACUUCAGGAAUUGUUCAAUUUCGAGCGCUUGUUGUCCCUUGCCUUCCAAGUUGUGAACCUGUACAUUGUGCGACAACGGGAUUGGAUGGAUCGAGACGUAAAAUAACCUCAUUGGGUAGACGAAGACGAAGUUCAAACCAUUUUGAUUCAGGAAUAACAAAUACAACCAACGAUUCUGAACUAAUCGUUAUCCGAACAAUUGAAAUUGUUGAUAAAUUUCCUAAUAAAAAUCAACGAGGAAAUGAUGAUGACGAUAAUUUGGAAAAUGAGACAACCAAUGACAAUUUAAAUCGACAAAAAAUUCCAACCCAAUCGAGGAAACAAAAAAGUUACAAUUCCAGUUCAUGGAUCCAUGGUAAUUCUGAUGCACUUUCCCGUCUUUCCGCUGGUCAAUUGGUCAACGAAACUUGUAUCGAUAUCAACAGUUUGAUCAUCAUUUGUUUCAUCUUUUUAACAAUACAAUUAGUUAUCAUCUCGACCUGGGGCUACAUCAAAUAUCGUAACAAUAAAUUUGAAAGUAAAGGUCAUCGAGAUGGACAAAGAAUCAGAGUGAUACCAAUGAAAAUGUCAACCGACAGGACGAUUGAUCCAUCGUUUUUAACGAUAGACGAUAUAAAUGUACUCGCUUAAAUUUAGACAAUUUGUAAUAACCAACAACAAUCAACAUGCAAAGAAAAAAUCCAAAGAAAACUAAAUCAAUAAGUCAAUUGAAUUUAAUUUGAUUCAAGAAGCAAAAAAAUGUUCCUUUUUCAUGUAAAUUAUUUAUUCACUUUUUUCCCCUGUAAGUCCUUUGAUUACAUUAUCAUUUAAUUGUAAUAAUCAAUAAAUCAAACAUCUAAUAUGGGUAAUCCUUAUAAAUAG